AUGGCAAGUGAAAAUGCGGCUGCUGGAGUAGAUAUAUUUGAUGAUGACUAUCAAGAGUUUGACCAGACUUCCACUAAGAAAAGAUUGACAUCUAAGGUGUGGGAUGAAAUGGAAAAGAUUAAUUCGGAGAAGGCACGAUAUAAGCACUGCAUAAAAAUAUUACAAGGUAAGUCAAGUAAGAGAACUAUUUACUUGAAGCGUCAUUUAGAGUGUUGCCCUAGACGUAGAAUUCAUGAUAUUGGACAGUACAAAGUAACUACUCAAUCAAACACUGAUGAGAGUACUUCUUUGAAAAACUACAAGUUUGAUCAACAAGAGUCUCGUAGGGCAUUAUCAAUUUUUCUUGUACGUGGAAAACAUCAUUUUACUAUUGUUGAAGAACCUGGUUUUAGAUUCUUUAUUCAAUCUAUAAAUCCUGAAUUUAAAAAUGUGAGUAGGCAUACUGCUAGAAGAGAUAUCAUGUCUAGUUAUGUGAAAGAGAGAGAGGGUGUGAAAAGUGAUAUGUCUAAUACACUUGGUUGGAUUUGUUUAGCUUCCAAUAAUUGGAGAUCUGAGCACACUGAUGAUGAAUUCAUGUGUAUAACUGCUCAUUGGAUUGACAACAAUUGGAAGUUACAAAAAAGAAUUAUUCGCUUUAAAGCUUUGGCACCUCCUUUUGAUGGACUAUCUUUAGUAGAUGAGGUGGCCAUGAUUAGGCUAGUGGAGUAUUGUUUUGAUAAACUUUAUGGGAAUGAAGCUGAGGAGCAUGUUAAUGCUAUAACUCAAUCUCUCCAUGAUUUGUUUAAUGAAUACAAAGAAAAAUUUUCCUCCACCUCCUUUAUUCAAAGUGAAAAAACUCAGUUAGACCUUUACUUGGAGGAACAAAACCUGGAUAUCAAAGCAAAUGUUGAUGUUUUGGAGUAUUGGAAUAAGAGUUCAAUUAGGUAUCCUGAAUUGGCAUCAAUGGCUCGGGAUAUUUUGACUAUUCCUAUUUCCACAGUUGCAUCCGAAUUUGCAUUUAGCAUUGGAAAGAAGGUGAUCAAUCCUUGGAGAAGUUCACUUAAGUCCAAGACAAUUCAAGCUUUGGUUUGUCUUGAAGAUUGGCUUCGUGCACAAUGCCUUGUAUUAGGAUCAAACUUGUUAGAAGAGGAUGAAGAAUCAAAUAGUAGUGAUAAUGAUGAUGAAAAUGUUGAACUUGAUGAUAUGUUUUAG